CAGAACCUCAGUUCUCUUCAGGCUGUCGAGCUUGGAGCAUGUCUAUGUGGGAGACUGUUACUCCCCUAUUCAAAUUUCGGAUUACGUCGCGAUCUAAAUACUGUUCUAUUAAAAAAUAAAAACAAUAGCCGAUAAAAAUAUUGUUGUAAUGCAGGUUAUUUGAUCGGUUCAAAAAAGGCGGCAGUGACGUUUUGAGAAAUAAUUAAUUUUUUUUUGUGAAUGUGGUGACAUACAGAAUUGGUGUUGUGGUUUGGAGUCGAGUGCUGUGUUUUCGAAAUAUUGGAUUUCUGAAAGUUAAAUUGUGAGCCGGCAGUUUUCUGAGUGGCUCCACCCUACUUAAUUAUCUUAGGAAACGAAAAGAUAAUGUGGAAUAAGACGUUGUUCUUGAAUUAGAUAUGUACAAACACCGCCGUGUGUUAGACACUUAGGGAGUGCAGUGUGAGUGUAGUGAUGUUGUGAGGCCGAGGCCAUGUGGCGGCCGUGCGGGCCUGAGUCCUGGGCCUGGCUGGUGCUCGCGCUGGGCCUCGCUGCGGGCUACACCGACACCGAGGACUUCCUCAGCGACUUGGAUAAGCCAGUGCCAACAUCGGACGUGCAGGGCGUGCUGGGGAAGAAGGCAUCUCUUCCGUGCGACAUCCAGCCGCUGCACUCCGACGACGCGGUCGUCAUGGUGCUGUGGUUCAAGGAGUCCGAUGGAGAGCCGCUCUACAGCUACGACAUCAGAGGCCGCUCCUACAACCAGCCGAAGCUCUGGUCUUCUCCUCUGGUCUUCGGCAACCGAGCAUACUUCAGAGGAGGAGCCACGCCAGCCGUGCUCAUGGUGGACAAUGUCAUGGCGGCUGACGCUGGAGUGUACAGAUGUAGAGUAGACUUCAAGAACUCGCCAACUAGGAAUCUAAAAGUCAAUUUUACAGUCAUAAUACCGCCCAACCGGCCGACGAUAUACGACGCUAAGAGAAGAGAUCGAACGAAAUUAGUGGAGCCUUACAACGAGGGAUCCAAUGUACUUCUUAUUUGUGAAGUAGAAGGAGGUAGGCCGAGGCCCAGAGUGACGUGGUACCUAGAAAACGUAGUGAUAGACGACUCGUACGACCACCGAGACGACGGGCUGACGGUCAACACCCUCACCUUCCCCAACGUUGGGCGGCAGCAUCUCAACGCGCGCCUGGUGUGCCAAGCCUCCAACACUAACUUAGCCACGCCUGAAACUAAAGUUCUCAUAUUAGAUAUUAACUUGAAGCCGAUAUCAGUGAGCAUACUGACCAAGGAGAAGCAAGUAUCGGCCGACAAAAGGUACGAGGUCGAAUGCAAGACCACUGGCUCCCGCCCCGAGGCCACCGUCACUUGGUGGAAGAACAAUAGGCAGCUCAAACGGAUGGCGAAGAACUUCUCGGAGAACAACGAGACGCUGAGUGUGCUGAGCCUGGUGCCGGGCGUGGACGACGACGGCAAAUAUUUGACGUGCCGCGCCGAGAACAAGCACAUACCGGACUCCGCCGUGGAGGACAAGUGGCGGCUCAACGUGCAUUAUGUUCCGAUCGUAGACCUCAAGAUGGGCUCCAACCUCAACCCGGAUGAGAUAAAGGAAGGCGACGAUGUCUACUUCGAGUGCACUGUGAAGGCCAACCCUAAAACACACCGACUUGUCUGGUUUCACGACAACUCGGAGAUGUUCCACAACGAGGCGGCGGGGGUGAUCCUCAGCGCGCAGAGCCUGGUGCUGCAGAGCGUGACGCGGGCGGCGGCCGGCGACUACACCUGCAUGGCCGCCAACAGCGAGGGCAAGGGCACCAGCAACCCUGUCUCCUUGUUGGUGCGAUAUGCUCCAGUGUGUGCAGAAAGAAGAGACAACGAGCUGUUUGGAGCUCUGAAACACGAGACAGUAUCACUGCAUUGUUCCGUGGACGCUAACCCGGCGCUGGUCUCCUUCCACUGGACCUUCAAUAACUCUGGGGAACAAACUGAAAUACCUCCAAGAUUGUACAGCAGUCACGGGCACACGUCUACUUUGAACUACACCCCCACCACGGACAUGGAGUACGGCACGCUGGCGUGCUACGGCGAGAAUGCGGUAGGGCAACAGAAAGUGCCUUGUCUGUUCCAGCUGGUCGCUGCAGGUCGACCGUUCCACCUGCAGAACUGCACGGUGGCGAACCAGAGCCUGGACUCCCUGUACGUGGAGUGUGUGGAGAACUUUGACGGCGGCCUGCCGCAGACCUUCCUCAUGGAGCUGCUGGAGCUGCCCUCGCUCACGGUUCGCUACAACGUGUCCACGAACCGAACGCCGCCGUACUUCGAAGUGAGGGGUCUUCCUCCAGGAGUCAGCUACAGGAUCGACCUCUACGCCGUCAACGCCAAGGGUCGCAGCGACGUCUCCACCAUAGAGACUGUCACCUUGAAGGGACAAGCCAAGUUUACUGGUGAAAGCAACUCCCUAGGAAUGUCACCAGUGCUGGCGUCCAUAGCAGCGAUGUCAGCAUUGCUGGCAGCGGCCGUGUGCGGCGUGCUGGCCGUGCUGUACAAGAGACAUGCCAACCGACACAGACACCUCCCUGCGAAGCAUGCCCCCUUGAGCGAGGCGAUGUACGCGGAGAGGAGCGCGCAGUGUAGCACGCCGGUCAAGGCGGAGGUGCGGCCGGCGCCCGACCCCGACCCGGGGGACGACGCCGACCCCGACAUUAUACCCAACUUAUAUGAAAGGCGGCCGGUGUCCAACGGCUACAUGAGCCUGCAGCGGCCGGCGUCGGGCAGCAAGCCGCGCGAGCCGGGCGAGGACGCGCGCUCCGAGCCCGAGGGCGGCGGGUACUACGCCGACUUCAGGAAGAAGGACUACAGGAUACCGCUCACCAGCUCCUACCACAGCUUAAACCGCGUGAACAAGGGAGUCAACGCGUGCAGCCCCAGCGGUGGCGUGACGUCAUCGCUCACAGCGCACCGCCUCCGACCCGAGGUCGUCACGACAUCGCAUCGUGUGCAAGAGAGUUGUAUAUAAAAUAGACAGUACGGGGUGUUGUGAUGAUUCCCUUUGUUUCAAAUUGUGAUCUAUUAUUUUCUUACGCCGGCUCUACACGCGCGUACGUGAUUGACAGUUUUGCUUGUUUGAGCAAAUAUACAAAGAAAUGGAACGAAUUUUAAAAUCGUUGAUAUUUUAAAAGAAAAUUCAUUUUACUGAGUGCAUAUUAUGGUUAUUUUAUACUAGUACGAUAAUGUAACAGCGUGCUUAAUUUUAAUGCUUCUUUGCAUUUAGGUAAAUAUGUUAUUUUACUUUUGUUACUGUUUUUUUAUAUUUUGGUUUUCAAGUUUCGCUUAUGGAAUCUCGACCUUAUUACCAUAUAAAAAAUAGGUAUUAUUUUUUUCAACUCGUAGCUAUUUAAACAAAUAUAUGUAGGUAUAUGGACAUACUCGUAAUGAAAAAAAAAACAUUAUUUUACACUUUGAAAAUUGUCUUAAGACUUAAAUGUGUGAGAGUAUUUUAUUGUUAACGGCUAAAAAUAUAGAUGAUAAAAGAGAAAACCUAAGUUGUGACAUAAGGUUGGUAUACGAUUUGCUCGUCUAACAUACGUGUAGAUCCAGCUUAAGAAAAACAAUUUAACUUUUAACUAAAAUAUGAAUCGUCGCAACGCUCUAAAACCCUCCGAUGUACAUACUAUCAUAGUGUAAGUACUGACUGUGUUCCUUUCAAUAGUUAAACCUCUGUACAUUAACCUUUUUACCUAUUUGUGUACGAAUUUAAUGUAAGGGUAACACUUGUUAGUAAUCAACUUUGCUUGGAUGUUGUGUGAAUGUGUGAGUGGAUAUUGUUAUACUGUUUACUUACAUUUAACAUAAUAUUUUGUCCAAACAAACAUCUUCAUCACCCUGAUAUUCAUACAUAAUUGAACAUUGUUUAACCGUAAUUGGUCUAAGGACCAAGGAAACAAUCGCCCUUACACUUACUAACAUGUUUGUUCUGGUAUUUCCGCGAAAAUCUGAUGUAUGUGUGUGAGAUGUAUUCAUAUACACAUACCUAUACGAUUUCAAGCAAUUUUAACUUAGCAAUUACAUAUUCUCAAAUAAACGUCUUUAAAAUGGAAUCUAUUAAAACAUUUUGAUUAUCUUUCAGAACCCUCACAUUUAAGCGAAAAAUUGUAUUACUAUUGUUAUAUGACAACUAUACAUGAAUUGUAUUUGUAUAGAUCGCACAAAUAUACGAGAAAGAACAAAUGAAAAACUUCAUUGAAGUUCAUUUUGCAUUAAUUAUCUGACCCUCAAAAGAUCCAAGAUUUAUUUAGUUUUGACUGAUAUUUUUCCAAAAAAAAAAAAUCAUUCAUAAACCGAAUACAAAAAAUCAAUAAUAAAAAAACAAUUUUCUUCUAAGUCAAUUUUAUUAAUUAUUAUAGACUAGUGGACCUGGUCAAGCUUCGCUUUGACUUAUGUGUACUUCUCUACUCUACACCUACCCCUUAACCUUACCUAUGCCUCCACGACGGCCUCCGUGGCGCAGUGGUAUGCGCGGUGGAUUUACAAAACGAAGGUCCUGGGUUCGAUCAGGCAGAUUGGCAGGGCAGAUUGAGAUUUUGUUAAUUUGCCCAGGUCUGGCUGGUGGGAGGCUUCCGCCGUGGCUAGUUACCACCCUACCGGCCAAGACGUACCGCCAAGCGAUUUAGCGUUCCGGUACGAUGCCGUGUAGAAGAUUCAAGACCAAGAUAAUUCCGUUCAGCCGUUCUCGAGUUUUAGCGAGACUAACGAACAGCAAUUCAUUUUUAUAUAUAGAUGAGAAACCACAAAAUAGAAAUUACUAAAACAAUAAAUCAUAAAAAUCGCAAAAAAUCAAAAAAUCGCAAUAAAUACAGAUGUUGAGCAAACACCUCUCCAUGUUUGAUGCCGUAGAAAAUUGAAAUUUAAUAUUGUUAUGAAAUAAACUUUGGAUUUAAUUAAAAAUGUCUGCUUGACCGACCUUUGUGCGGGGCUGGAAAUUAUUAUUAAUUCGAAUAUUACGAGUUUUAUGAGGACCUCAGAAAUAAGAUUUUCCACAUUAAAUAAAUAAAUUUAUACACAAUUAACGUUUAAUAUUACUUCAUUGCUUAACUUUUAUGAGUAAUUAAAAACCUUUGGAUGUAUGAAAAGAUUUUGAAAGGGAAAAAAUCGUAUUUUCGAAAUGAAAUAGUUACAAUGGAUAAGAAAUAAAAUGUACUACGAAUACUUUCCCGUUGUCGAAUUUAAUUGAACGAUUCGUUAAUUUCAUCUCAGGUUCAUAACUCAUUAGAGCAACUCGGCACCCAAACAGCACAUCAUAGUCAUUCGGUUUCUAUUUGUUGGUCUUCAAGUGGACGCCAGUUAAUUAGUGAACCUGGUGUGGUCAAUGAGUGAAUAUGCAAGAUGACCACAGUUUUAUUUAUAUGUUAUGCCACACUUUAUAAAUACUUAUGCGCAAGACCCUAGAACAACCACUACGGAGUUGAUGAAGCAUGAAGCUAUGUGGUGCCGGACAAUCACUCAGUAUUUCACCAAAACGAUUAAAAUAUUUGUAUAUAAAUCCAUAUAGAUUUAUAUAUUUAUUUCCGUUGCUAAAUUAUCAUGUUAUGAUAUUUUAUCAACGCAUUCUCUCUCACACAUCGUGGGAGCGAAAAGCAAACUGUCAGGACAGUAAAGUAGUAAUUGGGUUUCUCGAGUUUAGCGGCGACUCUCAACUUGCGCGUAAAAUGUCGAACAAAUAUUGACUCGUGAUUAAUACUGGGAACGGUUGGGUGCUGGCGUUUUGUCACUUGCUCUCACAACUUUGCUUGAGCCACGAAAUUCACGAAACGAAACGGCUGUGACUAAAAAUUUAAAUGUGAACCAUUUUCAAGUUAAAUGCCACAGUGAUUCAGCAGGUUAUGCAGCUUCGAAAUAUGAAGAAUCAAGCUAUGAAUUACUUAGAAUUCUUUUUCGUAGAAAUUUAUAGUAACUUGUAACUUGUAUCCUGAUUACGGUUAUUAAAUUGUGAGCAUUACAGUCAUUUUGGUGUAGUUAGUAAACGCUCUAUAUUUUAUUAAGCUUAUAGAAACAAUUAAAAGUAAAUAAACGUUAAAUGAGGUUGAUCCAGAAAGUGGUUCGCGAUACAUUUCGUCCUAUUUGUACCUAAUUAUUUUGCAUAGAAAAAAAUAAGUCUAAAUACAUACAUUAUAGGUAAUAGUAAAAAAGCAAAGCUAUUAUAUUAUUAUCGAUUUUAACUAAAGUGAAUCUUAGAAGUGUUUCAGACCCUUGCCUUUUAUAAUGAUAAUUAUGAACAUUUUGUCACCGCUCGUUCCGAAGCCCAACCGGCGCAUUGUUAAAUAGAACGACAACAUUUGUCCUCAGUUAGCGGGAUAGUUAUUCUUUGUGUGUCGGCUAAAAAUGCUCAAAUUUUAAAACGGUUCAAAACGAACAGAGGUUCAAAAUAUUUAAUAAUCUUGACGAAUAACGACGAGAUACUUAGUUUGCAGGUUUUACCAUUUUUGCGGGGUUUUUUAAUAUCUUGUAAAUUGUAACCUAUAUUUACUUAAUUGCAAAUUUCAACUUAAACAAGUCGUCUGAAACCUUUUAAUAAAAGAUUAUAAAACAGCAUUUUUAAAUUUAGAAAAACCAUUCAAUUUGCCAGCAGAGUUUAUUAUUAUUUUCGGAUAUAUUUACAAUUCACCUUUAGUAAUCCUUUGUCCUGUGCUGGAUCGCCAUUCCUUUACCUUGACACCAACGUCCAUCGGCCCUUCGAACUUGUAUAUGCACCGCCUAUUGCCAUUUCAGCUUUGCGAUUCGUCGGUAACUUUGGUUAAUCUGCGGAUCUCCAAAUUCGUGAUCCGAUCACGCAGAAAAAGGUUAUUCAUAUUUAUUUGUAUAGCAUAAUCAAACGAGUAUAAUGUGUGGAUGUACUUUAAAGUGUUUUCUUUGUAUGUAUGACGUAUGAGUUACAUAAACGUUUCGCUCAAAGAUGGAAAGGUUGUUACAUAUUAUUAGAGGCUCUUCAAACUCUCAUUACUUUUACUUGGGUUUACUUUUUUAUAUUAGCCAUGUAUUUUAAAAAUUACCGAUAAUGCGUUAUCUCCAAAAAGUACACAAUUGCACAAUUGGUACUUAAUUAUGUGGUUAUCGACACGGUUGGUAACGAGUUCAAUUCCCAGGGUACAUCGGUGGCGUAGUCUCGAACUACAAUUGGUCCUUUAAAGCAAAAUGUAGGCGAAUUGUUCGCUGUAUGUCGCGCUUAGGCUCCUAGAGCACUGGGCAGCCACGACCAUGACUAUUGGCGCAAUGACCAGGUUAACUGAACAAACCAUGUGAUCAUCGCUCAGGUGGUCGCACCGAUUAAUUGCACAAUGGUCGGCACGACUGGUGGUUGCGACCAAUCUUCGAGUACGUAUGAGUGCUCGUGCACUGGUUCUAUGACGGUAAAACCACGGUACGAAAUGAAAAACGUCUUUUUCUUAUUCAGUUUACGGAUAACGCUCAUAUAUGAGAAGUUCUUUACCAAUCAAAUGUUAGUUUGAAUGGGCCUAAACUGUAAAAUCAUAAUAAUUCCUUACAUUUUUUUAAGUAUCUAUUAGAAUAUUUAAAACAGAACAUGUAUAAAAUAUCUUAAAUAUUUAAAAGUACAUUGUAUUGUAUAAAAUUAAAAAUAUAUUUCUUAAUUUGUUUGAUGAAAGUAUUAUAUUAUUAUGUUAGUUACUUAAUCAAUUAUUUAAUUGUAUAUUUUAGUUAUUAAGAAACAAUCUAACUUACUGAUAUAAAAGUAUGUGUGUGAGUGUGACUAAAUCGUUGUAUACGCUAAUUGGUUUCGAUGUGGACGUAAAAAUAAUGCUACCUACUGUAGGAUAAGGUAAUAAACCUUUUAGGCGCCACAUAAACGUGGUUACUAAACGAUAAACUAUACAUGACGUACUACGCUAUUACGGGUACAUAGUCAACUAUGGCAACAAUCAAUAAAUAGUAUAUGUAUAUCUUUGGUUUUUUAGUUGCAAACAAUAUUUUGGAAGAAUGACAUUUAUUAAUAUUUCUUCAUUUUAUUUUGUGUAACACGUAAGCAUCGAAUAAAUUAAACCAUAGAUGAAGUUAUUUUUUUUUUUACGUUUGCGGUUAAGUAACCGUGGUAAAAAAGUUAGUAUCUACGUUUGUGUGGCGCCUUAGUUAAUGUUGUAAGGAGCGUUCAAAUAUAAUGUUAAUUUAUUAGCAAACUGCAUAAUAAUUGACAGUCGAAACUUGAUCGUCACGACAUAGUGGGAUUGCACACUUAAGACUGUAUUAUUCUAUUUAAAAUCGGGUAAGUAUUACAUUUGAACGCUCCUAUUUUUGUGAGUAAAAACAACAAAUUAAUAUUAUUUUUUAACAAUUAUUAUAGAUAUUUAAACAAUUGUAUGAAUUUCAAGCGUGAAAUGUACGAGUAUUUAAUUUAUGUUAUUUCUGUAUUAGCUAAUAAAAUGUGUAAAUAAAAUGUACAUUUGUAAAUACAGAAUUCUAUAUUGAAAUUAUGAAAUCUAGUCUAAUUUAGUUCUAACGGUGCUAAGAAUUGUAUAUUCAUGUAAGGCCUGCUGUCCACUGAAGCGUACGUACAUUAUAGUAAAAUAUUUGUUGAUUGCACGAAAACUAUGCUCUGUAAAUGAUGAUAACACAAUAUUUCAAAAAAUAUAAAAAAAAGCUUUUGGAUUUUUGUUAUUAUAUAGAUAGAUAUUAAAUUAUAAAAAUAUAAUUAUAAAACUGGUUUAUAAAACAAUGCAGUUAUUUGUUUUAGACAAAUUUUAUACUAUUGCUGUAAUUUUUUACACUAAUAAAAAGAAAAAACAGAACUAAUUUUAACACUGUUUAACAAAGAUAACAGACUUUGACACUGUAUAAAUUAAAACACCUUUUUGUUGACACCACUAAGUUUUAGCUCAAUAUUUGCCAGGGAAAAUCUCAGGCUUAAAAACAAUAUUUUUUAGACAAUCAUUGAAAUUUAAAUAGUGGUAAAAUGACAACAAUAGUAUUGAUCUAUAUGAUGUUUCGUUUCUUAUCCCUCUGUUGUAUUUUUGCUCAAUCAAAUCAAUAUUUAAAAAACAAAGGUAUGAAAAGUUGAAAACAAGUCCAUCAAGACAGCAUUUGAAUUGGAUUGAUAAAUAUGUCUAAUUUAAAAGUGACUGAAAAUCUGGUUUAACUAUUUAGUUCAAUUAUUGUGCAGUUUGUAAUCAUUUUUUUUUAAUAUUGGAUAGAAGCAGGCGUUACUUUCCUAAAUUCAUCAUGAUUAUGUAAUGAUUUAUUUAUUUUGCUAUCAUCCGCGAAAAGUCGACGAACCCAUGCGACGUCACCCAGGUCCGACAAAAUGCUCUCUACGUACGUUUCACCCCGAAACCGGAGCAUCCUCAGGAGAUGUUGACUCUACAACGUGUACUUUGCAAUUGCAGGUUAUAUAAUCAUUUUUUUUUUAAUUUGACACUUUUUAACUGAGUUUGACGUCAAAAUACCGCAUCAGUGGACAGCGGGCGCUAGAGUAGCGUCAAUUGCGCGCGUCGCACGUGGUGCGGCUUGUUGAGAGGAUAAGCAAUUGUUUCUUGUAAAUGUUUCCAAAAUACAAUGUCGAGCAUUUA